GUGUAUAUAGUGGGGAUCGAAGACGCUUCGUGUGAUUCUCUCGCGAGUUUGUUGCCUUAUAGCUAGCACUUUUUGCAGAUGCGGAUCGAGAGAGAUGUGAUGCUGUGACAGUACCAAAGGUGCAUACAAGACAUGGAAGUCAGUUGGAGCAUGAAAAGCGCUGAACGACAGUCACAAAUGCUCGUGAUCAGCGUUCUAAGCUUAUUUCCUAGCCUUUUCAAUCAUAAAUAGCGUUA